GAGCGUCGACAUGUCGGAGACGAUGCAGAACGAGGCUGUCGCAUUUGCCUCCAAGGCCUUCGACGAGAACAAGCUGGAGAAGGACAUCGCUGCCACCAUCAAGCGCGAGGCCGACCGCCAGUUCGGUCCCACCUGGCACGUGGUUGUUGGCCGUAACUUUGGCUCCUACGUCACCCACGAGACAAGCAACUUUAUCUACUUCUAUGUUGACCAUACCGCGGUGCUGCUGUUCAAGUCAGGUUAAUUAAACCACGAGUGCGCUCUCUCGCUGGGAGAGACCGGCGUCCCUGUAGCCGACUUGCCUUUUCUUC